GCGGCGGCGGCGGCGAUGGCCCCGGAGCGCGGCGGUCGGUCGCUCCCAGCCGGUACCGAGGGUCUCCCGCGGGCAUUUCUGCAGAGCCUGCGGACUCUCUUCGAUAUCCUCGAUGACCGGCGGCGGGGCUACGUGCACUUGCGGGAGAUUGAGUCCCGAUGGCGGGGUACGGAAGCCCGGGAACUGCCCCCCGGGGUGAUGGAGGGUUUGCGGCGGGCGGCACCGGCCAGCGGGUACCUCACCUUCGAGCGGUUCGUCCUGGGGCUGCGGGCUGCCCUGCCCAGUGCUGAGUCCCCCGUGGAGAGCGGCAGCGGCGGGCGGCGGAGCGGGGAGAAGCCGCCGAGCCCGCGCGGCGCUGAGGAGCGGCGCGGGAAGAGCAGCGGGCAGCGGGCAGCGGGGCACGGCCAGCCCCACGGCCGAGGGGGCGAUGCCAAGGCUGCUGGGCAGUGCCAAGGAGAAGGCAGCCCCCCGGGAGCUGGGGAGACGCGGAGGCAGCAGAGGGGCCGCGCGGAGCACCGCAGACACACCAUCACCAGCGGCGUGGACUUCAGCCUGCUGAAGCACAUGAAGGAGCUGGAACAGGAGAAGGAUUUGCUGCUGCAGGGCCUGGAGCUGGUGGAGCGUGCCCGGCAGUGGUACCAGCAGCACAUCCAGGCCAUGCAGGAGCGCCAGAGGCUGCUGGGCAAGAAUAAGGCCAGCACGGAGUUCCUCCCUGAGGGUGGGCAGAGCCACCUGGGCCGCCUGAUCCCCAAGCUGCAGGAGGUGAACCGCUGCCUAGGUGACCUCCUUUCCACCACUGGCAAGCCAGCAAACCCCUCUGCAGCUCUGAGCAGGCAAGGCCCCAUGGUGUCCCCAGCCUCAGCAGGCUCCCAGCAAGCCAUCAGCAUGCUGAAGGAGCAAAACAGGCUCCUCACCAAAGAGGUGACUGACAAGAGCGAGCGCAUCACGCAGCUGGAGCAGGAGAAGUCUGCCCUCAUCAAGCAGCUCUUUGAAGCUCGUGCCCACAACAACCAUGAAAGCAGCCAGCUGGACUCUACCUUCAUCUAGCACCCACCCCCUGCUCCCUGUCCUUCAGCUUCCCAAGGGGUUUGUGGGGCUCACCCAAGCCGUCUGCAUCUGUCACUCCAGGUGUUGUAUCCUGAGGUCUGGAGCUGCUGGUGACAUCUCAGCAGGAGGAAGAGACCCCAACUCUGCCUGGGGAGCAUCCCCAUGCUGCUCUCUGCAGGUCUUUCCAGCUAUGCUGCUCUCAUGCUGCUCUUUUUCUCUCUCUCAACAGACUGCAGGGAUUGUGCCCCAAUCCCAUGGUCCCCAGGGUGCUGGGGAACGGCUGCUGCCUGCACUGGGGAGCUGCUGGGCCCUUGGCCUGAGCCAGACUAAGUUCUGGCUGCUCUCAGAGAAAGAUGCUGCACCUUGAGCACUUCAGCUGGCAUCUCCAGGCAAACCUGGCUGUUGAGGGGUGGCUUGGACCCUGCUUGUCCCACUGCUGAAGGAAAAGAUGGAAAUUCUACUGGGACAUGCCUGGCCCCUCUCUACUGCCUAAGUCCUGCCUGCCAGUGAGACUUGUGCUGGGGCUGGAGCUUCUCCUGGGACAACCCCUCUGUCUGGUUUGCAGUAGUGAUGCCACAGAUGCUGUUUACAUGUCUGCAGGCUGCCACAGCUCAUGAGCCACAGGCCCAGAGGAGAUGGCCCUCACCCCUGAGCGGUGCUCUCAGGCUGUCUGGAGAUUGCAGACACUGCUGCAUCCCCUUUCUUGGUUUGGCCUGGGAAAUGUUUAGCUCUGGCUGCUAGGCUGAUGGCUUUCUCAGUGUGACGAGGGCAGAGUGGCAUCCCCUAGCAGGAGGACAUCAGCCCAAGCCUGAUUCAGCAGAAGGGCUUUAGGGCAAGGGUUUGUAUUUAACUGAAUGCAGGUGACAAAGCAGAGGCUGCUGGGCUCUUUCCUUUGCACAGCUCCAAGUGGAGAAAUGACAGCUUUGCCUGUCCUGGUGGUGGGCACUGACUCCCUGGGGUGACAUCCUGAGUGUUAAUUGCACUUUCCAGGUCUCCUGGGGUGGUGGUGAUGGUGGUCUGAGCAUGGAUUCUGUCAGGCUGGUGCACCUCCUUCCCUUCCAGCUCAGUGAUGAUGCUUGAGCUGAGCUGUGUCUUACCCAGGGACUUGGUACUGAUUGCUGUUUUCAUAGGAGAUCCUGGUGAGUCCCCAUGGAGCACAGGCUUGGCCCUCCACAGCCCCAAACCCAGCCCUUCUCUCCAGUGCUGUUUCAUGCUUUGACUUUCCUGGUACGAUGCAGUGGCACAGUUCGCUGAGCUCAGCAGAAGGUGCUGCCCCUGCUCUGGGCUGGGCACCACACAGACCAUUUCCUUUCUCACUCCUGUUUUUGUCUGUCCAUCCAGCUCCCAUCUUUGAGGUUGAUCUUGACCUGAAGCUCACUGUAAGGCACAAAUCCCUGUGCCAGAGAGGAGGUCAGCAGAGUGCCAGAGCAAAGGAGGAGAGGCAAGCCCAUGACUAGUAGUGCCCCUGUCUGCAGGAGUAAAGUUAGUUCAGUUCAAAGUGACCCUCUGUAUGAGGAGGGUCCCCUGUUUGUAGGGAUAAUAAAGU